AUGGCAGCAGUAAAUCCGAAAAAGAGCGGUGCCAAGAACAAUGCCGGAUCGUUCUUGGAGGUUGGAAGGGAUGGUUACUGGUUUUACGGCCUUAGCCACGUAGGCGAGUAUGUUAACAACACUGGGUUGAUGUGGCAGCUGGGCGAGAAGAUGGGAGCCCUGCUAGUUUUCGCAGAGCACCGAUGUGAGCCUCAAUCGCAUCCCAUGUUCAAUGGAGGCUGUCCAAGAUGCGUAUCUUAUUGUACAACAGCCCAAGCGCUGGAGGACUACGCAACCAUAAUUUCACAUCUGCGAGAGAAGCAAGCGCAGCGCCCGCCUGCGAUCGUUUUUGGGGGAAGCUACGGAGGAAUGCUGGCCGGAUGGAUGAGGAUGAAGUACCCAGAGGUGGUUGACGGUGCAAUUGCGGCAUCAGCGCCCAUAUGGCAACUCUCGACCACAGUCACACGUGAGACUGUGGACUGGCCAGCAGUGGCCAUCAGCCGGGGCUUGUCCUCAGCAGGAGGCUCCUCGGAUCAGUGCCUGGCAAAUUUGCAGGUGGCAUGGCCCCUCCUCCGUGGGCUCAACACUCCGUCGGCUUUGAAGCUUCUCAGUGGGCACUUGAACACGUGCAAGCCGCUGGAGACAGUGGAAAGCCUGAUCUCCUGGGCAUCCGCAUCCUUCUUUCUCCUGGCUGAAGGCAACUACCCGUAUCCAUCCUCCUACAUUACCUAUGCGGUGGCAUCAGGCUCGCCACUCCCAGCAUGGCCCAUGAGAGAGGCAUGCAGAAGUCUCAGCCGCGAUUUCGGGAUUCACGUGUCGGGAUCACGCAAGGACGUCAACUACACCGCCAAGCUGGGAGAUCUGGAGGUUACCGUUGAUUGGACCUACUGGUCGAGUAACGGAGGUGAUCUGACAGAGGAACAGCUGAAAGCCUCCGGAAUUCUAGACCUAGCCACAGCUGUCACUAAAGCCGCGGGUGUUUGGUACAAUGUCAGUGGAGGCCAGUCCUGUUGGAACAUCAUACAGGCAGAGAAGCAGCCCAAACAUGCAGGCCAUGAUGACCCACAGUAUGGCAAAGGACAUGAGGCUGGUAGUUGCUCAAAGUGUCCUCCCUGCGCGGAUUGUCCCGCUUGCCCUGUGUCCCGCUGUGCUGGAGAUGACACUCCAUGCAACUUCACUGGCCAAGUGCCGAAGACUUUUGCUUGGGAUACCAUCGUGUGCAAUGACGACUUGUCCCAGAUUUCUGCCCAAGGCCUGGGCAGAGACUUAUAUUGGCCCCCGAGCGUGUCAUCGCGGAAUUUCACCAUUGCCAGCAUGGUGGGACCGCAUGAGCUUGUGAAGGCAAGCUGCACCGAGCAGUUCGACUCUAUGGGUCUGCGAGGUGCACCAGUCACAUCCGACCCCUGGAGUGGAUGGAUGACAGCUUACUACGGUGGGCGCAACGUCUCUCAGCAUCGGAACAUCGUUUGGAGUAAUGGUGCCUUGGACCCUUGGUCCGGCAUGGGGGUGUAUCCCGUAGGAGGCGGUCCAGACGGCCCCAUGGUUCAACGCAUCAACAGCGAUGGAUCGCAGAUUGCUCUGGUCCUAGACCUGGGGGCGCAUCACCUGGACCUGAUGUUCCCAGACAAGAGGGAUCCCCCAUGUGCACCGGCUGCGCGGGAGAUUGAGUCGCAGAUGAUCCAGCAGUGGUGCCAAGAAGCCUACUCCAAGCAAGAGCCCUUGUACAGCUGA